AUGGCGCUGAGCGGGGCCAUGAGGGCAGCGCGGGGCAGGUGGGCGCGCACGCUGAGCUCGGCGGUGCCACCCGCGGGUGGCACAGGUGGCACGGCAGGUGGCACGGCAGGUGGCACGGGUGGCACGGGUGACACCAUCUUCGCGCUGUCCUCGGCGCCGGGGCGCUGCGGCGUGGCCGUGAUCCGGGCCAGCGGGCCGGGCAGCGCGGGGGUCCUGCGCAGCCUCACCGGGACCCCCGGGCCGCCCCCGCCCCGGGUCCUGGCCCUGCGCCGCAUCCGCGACCCCCAGAGCGCCGAGACCCUGGACAGGGGCCUGGUGGUGUGGUUCCCAGGUGGGAAAUGGGGCUGGGGGCGUGGGGAGCGGUUCCUGGGUGGGAACCCCGCCCAUGCCCCUCUGGCCGCCGGCUCCCCAGGCCGCCUGCCGGGGCUGCGUCCGGCCGAGCCGGGCGAGUUCACCCGCCGGGCGUUCGCCCACGGCAAGCUGGACCUGACGGCGGCCGAGGGGCUGCGGGACCUGAUCGGGGCCGAGACGGAGGCGCAGCGGCGCCAGGCGCUGCGGCAGAUGGAGGGGGACCUGGGCCGGCUCUACCAGCGCUGGAGCCACGCCCUGACCCAGGCGCUCGCCCACCUGGAGGCCUACAUCGACUUCAGCGAGGAUGACAACGUGGAGGAAGAGGUUCUGGCCCGAGUGGCGGGCACCGUGCGGGCGCUGCUGCAGGAGCUCCGGGGCCACCUGCGGGACGGGCGCCGGGGGGAGCUGCUGCGGGGGGGGGUCCGGGCGGUCAUCGCCGGCCCCCCCAACGUGGGCAAGAGCAGCCUGCUCAACCUGCUCUGCCGGCGCCCGGCCGCCAUCGUGUCGCCCUCGGCGGGCACCACGCGGGACGUGCUGGAGGUGGCCCUGGACAUCGGGGGGUACCCGCUGCUGCUCAGCGACACCGCGGGGCUGCGCCGCGCCGCCGACCCCGUGGAGCGCGAGGGCGUGCGCCGGGCCCGCCAGCGGCUGUGCCAGGCCGAUCUGGUGCUGGCAGUGCUGGAUGCCACCUCGGUGUCGCCCACGCCGGCGGCUCUGGGGGCGGCGCUGGCGGCGCUGGAGCCGCCCCCGGGCACCCCCUGCGUGCUGGUGCUCAACAAGGCCGACCUGCUGGGGGGGCCCCGGGGGUCCCCGAGUGCCACCCCUGCCCCGGGACCCCCUGACGCCCUCUCCCCGAGUGCCACCCCUGCCCAGGGACCCCCGGUCACCCUCCUGUCCUGCAAGACGGGCGAGGGGCUGGAGGCGCUGCUGGAGCUGCUGACCCAACAGCUGGCACAGCUGUGCGGGGACCCUCUCUCGGGCUGGCCCAGCCUGACACGCAGCCGGCACAGCCGCCACCUCGGGGCGUGCGCGGCGGCCCUGGCGCGCUUCGGCGCCGGCGGGGACCUGGCGCUGGCGGCCGAGCAGCUGCGGCUGGCGCGGCGGGAGCUGGGCAGGAUCACCGGGCACGUGGGCGCCCAGGAGGUCCUGGAUAUCAUUUUCAGGGACUUUUGCGUCGGGAAGUGACGCCGGCGCUCCGCGGGCCGGGCCGCGGCGUCACCGCGAUUAAACCGUGGUGCCUUUGGUG